GCCGCCCCUCCGCUCUGCCUGACAGGGGCGAACAAAAGGCGCCGCGUCCCCCCCGCCACCCGCCGCACCCCGGCUCUCGGGGCGGUUCCGCGCAGCCAGCACCGGUAAGAGAAGCCAGCGCCCCGCCGCAGCGCCCCACGGCCCUCGGAGCUCCGGCAGGUGUCAGCCUGAAGAAUAAUGAAUUAAAGUGACUGACACGAUGACAACCAUAAGACAGAGAAGGGUUGGAAAAGGCACAGAAGCGGCUGAAGAUCAGCCUGCAGAGGAGAAGAAUGGGAAGCCCGAUGGGAAAAUUCUGUCUGAUCAUACAGGUGGAAAGCUGUGGAACAUUCUCUCAGUAACUGUUGGUGGAAUUGUUGCCAUCUCUCUUGGACUUCUUACUUCUGUUUAUGUUGCUACACUGCAUGAAAAUGACCUGUGGUUUUCCAAUAUUAAGGAAGUCGAAAGAGAAAUUUCAUUCAGAACAGAAUGUGGACUUUAUUAUUCCUACUACAAAGAGAUGAUUCAGGCUGCUUCUAUCCAGCAAGGUUUACAUGGUUUAGUAUAUGACAAUAAAACUGAAUCUGUGAGGACAAUUAACAUACUUGAAAGAAUGAAUGUUUACCAGGAGGUGUUUCUCAGCAUUCUGUAUAGGAUUCUUCCAAUUCAGCAAUACCUAGAGCCCGUUUAUUUUUAUAUCUACACUUUGUUUGGACUUCAGGCAGUUUAUGUCAUUGCUCUGUAUGUAACAAGCUGGCUUCUUAGUGGAACGUGGCUUUCAGGGUUGUUGGCAGCUUGCUGGUAUAUUACAAACAGAGUAGAUACCACAAGAGUAGAAUUCACCAUUCCUUUACGCGAGAACUGGGCACUGCCAUUCUUUGCUGUUCAGAUAGCAGCCAUCACGUACCUACUCAGGACUCAUUUACAGCCUGUUCAAGAAAGAUUGACACUUAUGGCUAUAUUCAUAGCAACGUUUCUAUUUAGCCUGACUUGGCAAUUUAAUCAGUUUAUGAUGCUGAUACAAGCAUUGGCAUUAUUCAUACUGGACUGCUUUGACAUGCUUCCCACAGCAAAGGUUACGUGGCUCUAUAUUAUUCAGAUUUCUGGAUUGCUGCUAGUGUGUGUCCUACAGUUCUUUAAUUCUAUGAUUCUUGGAUCAUUGCUUUUAAGUUUUAAUGCUUCUGUCUUGAUAGCAAGAACAAUCCAGAAAAACCUAAAAAAAGGCAGCUUCCUUAAUAGGCUUGGGAAACUUAUCCUCCAUGUACUAUUAGUCUUGUGCUUGACUCUCCUAAUAAAUAAAUUUAUAAAGAAAAUUCUUAAUCUUGAGUCAGAUGAACAUAUAUUCAAAUUCCUGAAAGCAAAAUUUGGAUUUGGGGCAACAAGAGAUUUUGAUGCUAACCUCUAUCUUUGCGAAGAAGCUUUUGGUUUACUACCAUUAAAUACUUUUUCAAGACUCUCGGAUACAUUGCUUUUUUGCAUCUACAUAUUUGUUCUCUUCCUUAUGACAGUAGCAGCUGUAAUUGUUGCCUUUCGGAACCUCAGUGGUUCAAAUCAAGUCCAGUUCACGGAAAAAAUGGAAGAAUGCACAGUGACACUGAAGCCUGAUGCUGCUUACAACUUAAUUCACACAGUUCUUUUUGGAUGUCUGGCAUUAAGCACAAUGAGAAUGAAGUACCUCUGGACAUCCCACAUGUGUGUAUUUGCAUCUUUUGGCCUGUGCAGCACGGAAAUAUGGAAACUUAUCCUGAAGUGUAUUCAUCUCUACACAUCCCAGAGGACACAUGUGAUUAAGUAUUCUGUAACAAUAAUUACAUUAUUAUACAUUUCGUAUAAGUUCUGGCCAGGAAUAAUGGAUGAACUGUCAGAGCUGAGAGAAUUCUAUGACCCAGACACCGUGGAGCUGAUGAACUGGAUUAAGUCAAACACUCCAAACACAGCAGUGUUUGCUGGGAGCAUGCAGCUAUUGGCAGGCGUCAAACUGUGCACCGGACGGACACUAACUAAUCAUCCCCAUUAUGAGGAUAAGAAUCUGAGAGAGAGAACAAAACAGAUCUAUCAGAUCUACGCCAAGAGAGCUCCUGAGGAUGUUUACAGAAUACUGCGAUCCUUCGGCACAGACUACGUCAUCCUGGAAGACAGCAUUUGUUACGAGAGAAGACACAGUAGAGGCUGUCGGUUACGGGACUUACUUGAUGUAGCUAAUGGCCACAUCAUGGAUGGUUUGGGAGAGAAUGAACCUGAUUUGAAACCUUCGUUGUAUCCUCGCUUCUGUGAGGAAAUUAAAAAAAACCUGCCUUCUUACACCACGCACUUCACUAGAGUGUUUCAAAACAAAACAUUCCAUGUUUACAGACUGGCUAAGCAUAAAUAACACUGUCCACCACGGCUUCAAGUUCAGUAUUUUAACGCUAGGACCCACAUUAGAAAAUGCAGAAGAAGUUUACAAACAUGUUACAUUUGUAAGACAUUUUACAUUCAUGGUUUCUUGUUUAAUUACUGCGAUGAUUUUUUUCUUUUCUAGACAGUUUAGUUUUUAUAACAUCCUUGAUGUUGCCAAAAUGUUCAUAGAUUCAUAAAUGAAUGCUAGCAGGGACCAUUUUGAUUAUAAAGUCUCACCUUCUGAAGACCUAGGGAUAUAAUUGUUUUCCAAUUUUAACCGACUGGAAGACACACAGCAGGAACAGCCUGUGUGCCCACAGCAGAAGAGCUGCCUGUGGAGUUCUGCUCAGCAGUUUGGAUUUUUUUACUAUAAAAUGACAGAACUUCAAUAAAAGGCCGCCCUGCUCCUAUACUGAGAGGACAUUAUUUUUGUGAAUCCUGAAAAUAGUCACAAAAAUUAAAUUUUGUCUUACAAUCUGAUCCUCUUUGACAGAUCCUUGUGCUCUUUUAGUGCCUCUUUUUUUAAUUCUUUGGGAAUGUGUGCAGGUACGAGUUUCCAAACUUGUGAGUGUGAUUGCAGAAUCAGUGAGCGCAGAAUCAGCAAACAAGUUUGAACAGUAAAAUUUUAAUCACUGUCCAGCAUCUUUAGUGCUACAGAAACAUACUGUUUUAUAACAUUAAGCAUUUAAUGAAUUUAAUGAUGGAGUGUUACGUGUUUCUAACGAGAACAAAGGUUGGAGCAUGCUUGAUACAUGUUGCAUGUUUGUAUCCUCGUAAAAUGCUCAGAACAUAAAAAAAACAACAAACCAACAAGUUUCUCAGCUUGGAUUCUCACACCACUAUUUUCUGUAUUUGCUUUCUGAACUCCAGGGGAUCCUUUUUCUCCCCAUAUGAAUUCCAGGAGUAGGAUACAAAAAUUGAACACUGCCAACCUUACAAAAGAAAAAUUAAUCUCUAAAAAUCAGCAGGGAACUUAGAUAUUUAAGAUGUGUUCAGGUAUUAGAGCUUUGCUUUACGUUACUUCAAUCACAAAGCUAUAUAUUUCAGCACAAAGUCAUUGUAUCCUUGCUUUUUAUCCUAAAAGACAGACUGCAGUUAUUCUAAAUUGCCUUGGAAGAUGAUGACAGGCCUCAGUUCUGAGAAUUUUGUGAUUUGUUUGUACCCUGUGUCUUUUUACCGGCUAGAACUUUGUGAGUUGCAUUGUCUUUCUAAAGGCUGCCUGGGUAACGCAUGACUUCUGCUGUGUUUUAGCGCUGCUUUGGUUUUGUAUUAAAAUGAGAGAUUAAAUCUGAUUGAAAGUCUAACAGUACUCUCCAACUUUAAUUAGACAUCCACUAGGAUCAUUUGUUUCUUAUGAAAAACAGAAUUGUAAUAAUCAAGUGCCUCUAGGCCAAUGUGGAAUUAACAUUUGAACACCUAUAAGAGUGUUUGUGGCCUGUGCAAAUAACUCAGUUAUAAUAAUUACCACUGCAAUUAAUUUCUAAUGAUGGGAAACUUAAAGUGCUACUGAUAGCAAACUCCACAUUUAAUUUAAUCAAGAUGUGUAAUGAGAUUAGCUUUCACAACUGAGCUGUGUUCAAUUCCAAAUGAUUUAAAUGUUUUCCCUUUUCAGUUGUACUAAGGUAAAUUACUGAAGAGCUGGAGAUGGUCAUGUCACAUGCUCAAACAAUUUUAUAUCCAGUAAAUACUCAUUAAAGAAUGUUCAACAUCUUUCUGCACUUUCAUGCUAACACAAAAAGAAAGUGUGCUUUAAUCAGGCUGUAUUUAAAUCAAACAUUGACAGUAGCGAGGUUGUUAAACUGAGCAACUGAAACUCCUGAGUAAUUUCUGGCCUGUAUCCCUUAAUGAGGUUGGAGACCACUGCAGUUUAACGUAAUACAGUAAUAAAACAUUUUAAUCAGUAUUAAAACUUUAAUUAGGCCUGUAAUGAUACAUGCCUGUUCUUGCUGAAAGCAUGGGUCAGUGAAUUCCUCGAUGAGUGCCUUACAGUAAUUGAACACAAGCACACGUAAGGUGACGUAUGUCUAGGCUGUAUUGUCUUAUUUUAAAAUGUGGUUGUAUCUUUCUUUAAAGGUGCAGUAACUUUCCUCUGCUUGAAAUGAGAGAUUCCGAGAUCCAGAGGUACCCUCUCACUUUCAGAAAUUACUUGUAGGUAACGGCUGAUACUAAGAAGCCCUGACUGUAAUUAUUUUUAAAUAGACCUUUUUCAAAAGUACAGUCCCUAAUAUCGCCAAAGGAGAAAUUUAACCGUUUUGUAGAAACUACCAAGUGCAAAUUUUUUGUUUGGUUGGUUUUUUUGUUUGUUAAAACAAAAGACCCCAUGCCACCAUUGCUCUUGGGAAAGCAUAAAAACCAAGGGCUGUCAUGAUCCAGAACCACCACAGUAAAGUAGUUUCUUCUUGUAGCACAAACAUCCCCCAAAGUAGCACCUGAAACGUGAAGUAUUAGAUGCAGAGUAUUUUGGAGAUUGCCUGCACUCCUGCAGUUCAGAGUCUUCAAAGCCUUGGUAGCUUGUGACACUUCUAAACAACUCCCUUACUAGAAAGAUUUAAUACUAAAAGGGAAGGGUGUAUUUCAGUGAGCACAUACAGCAUUCAGAAGACCAAUGACCCUUAAAACAGUAAAAUAGAAAAUGCCAGGGAACAAGCCCACUUACCAGCUCAGAGGGAAGGAGCACAGGCACCAGCACUCGCAGAGAGGGAGCAGCUGCUUCUCUGUCCCUCAUUUAAAAGCUGUCCCACCCCAGCAAGGCCAGGGCAGGGCUGGCCCAGGGGUGAGUGGUCACUGCUUGAUGAGGGCUGGGGCUCUGAAGUGACACCUUUCCUCUUCCUAGAGGUGGGGCAUAAGAGGCUGAGACUUCUAGGAGGUAGGUGGUGUUUCAGUGGUCUAAGAAUUAUUUUCUCUACUUCCCAUGUCUUGCUAUGAUCUAUAUUCACUACAUUAAAAAUGUGCAAUUAUAUAUUUUUUUGUAUUUCUUUACCUAUUCCUCAACUACAUCAUCCUGGUGCACCUUAUUUGCGAGCGGUUGCUCUGGCAUCGCUCCAUCGCUGCAUUAAGUGUGAUCCACCCCGGAAACAACCCUCCUGGCAAUUUACUGAACGCAUUUACUGAACUCUCACAAAUAACUAGCAAUGGGAAUGGCACCAUCAUGACCUCUUGUGUGUGUUACCUGUUGUCCACAAGGACUUCUAAGCUGCUGAUUAGCAGUGGAAUUGUGGUAUGAAUUACUUUUUUUAGAUGGCAGAGACAAAAUGUUAUUGAGUAGACGGAGCGUUUUUAGGGGAGAAAAGCCUUUGAGAUCCAUAAGUAUGUUUUCAUUUCUUGUUUCAAUGUUCUGCCGGUGAGAUCUAACACAGUUAUUUUAUAAUAUGUUGUUGGAAAGAGAUGUAAUGACUAUUGUAUACUAAAUAAAUUGUGUAAUUUGAAAAUCA